UAGGUACAUACAGUUAUUUAUUUAUUUAUUUUAUUUAUGUGUUGUUGUUUUUUUUUAUUUUUUUUUUUACAGUAAAUCAUUAAAGGUAGCCUCCACACGCACCUUUCUAUGUUAAAGACCUACACACCACACAGAACUUGGCCCUUUACUUUAAGGUUACACAUGUUUAUCUUUUAACUGGAAAUGUGCACGUAGUGUAUUUUUUUUGUUGUUUGUUAAUUAUAAUUUUUUUUUGUAUAAGUAGGAUAUUAGACUAAUCUAAAGCCUCAUUAAAGGUACAAACGUGGUCCAGUUAGGUCGGAUUCUUUAAAUAAUUUCCGAGCCACAUUGCAUUCACAUUGCCAUGUAAGAACAUACACAGUAAAGGUGUUAAAGAUGUAUAAUCUUGAUGCAUGGUACCACCCCAGUGACAAGCAAUGGUACCGUUUAGUACCUUUUUAUUUUCUGAGUGCAUGUCGCUACAGUAUCCAGUUAUCGAAAAUAGUGCGUUGGGUUUUUUUUGUUGUAUUUUUGGUAAAAGCAUAAAGCCGGUGUUUCUUAUACUCCAGCGUUUUUGCUGUUUUGCAUACGGCUCAUAUGUAUAUGUAUAUAUCUAUAUAUUAUAUAUUAUAUAGACGGCAGUCUGACACAAAGAGUGUAUAGCGCUGGCUGGGUAAGUGGGGGUCUUCUAUUGAUAAUACCCCCCCACCCCUUUCUAAUUCCCAGACCGCCCGUGAGGAUUGAGACCACGUGACCGCGUGCGGGGCGGUCGAACUAAAGCCAUUUUGGGGACUGUGGUGGUGUCAGUUUCCGAAGCAGCACCUUCCUUAACCAGCGCUGAACAGCAACAGAAUAGCGAUCUUUACCAGGAUUCUACCAUCCAACCCUUUUUUUUUUGGUUUUGUUAUUGUUGUUGUUUGAGAUCUGUGGAUUCCUCACAGCUUGUGGAUCGGAUGAGUGUGCGGCGGCGGGUGGGGGUUUUUUUUUUGCGGCGUAAUGUUUUUUUGUCUGCGUGUGAAAAGGCGUUCUCUCGCCGAGGCUGCGAUGAGCGCGGCGGCUUUGCUACGUUAGAACCGCUGCAACUGACAGCCAGUGUGUGUGUGCACUUCACUCCAAGAUGGCCGCUUGGUGCUUAACGCUGGUUUUUUGCUGAUCCGCUCUCAAGUUUCUUCGUGUACUUUAAAAAAAAAAAAAAAAAAGGCGACUGGUGAGCGACUCUCGGAGCAGAGCAGGUGCGCGAGCCUCAUGACGAUGCACCGAACCACGCGGAUAAAGAUCACGGAGCUGAACCCGCAUCUGAUGUGCGUGUUAUGCGGCGGCUACUUUAUCGACGCCACCACCAUCGUUGAGUGUCUUCAUUCGUUCUGUAAAAUGUGCAUCGUGCGGUAUUUAGAGACCAGUAAAUACUGUCCCAUAUGUGACGUGCAAGUUCACAAAACCAAACCACUGCUCAAUAUCAGGUCGGAUAAAACCCUCCAGGACAUCGUGUACAAGCUGGUGCCUGGUCUGUUUAAAAAUGAAAUGAAACGAAGAAGAGAUUUUUAUGCAGCACAUCCAUCUGUUGAUGCUGCUAACGGAUCGAAUGAAGAUCGGGGAGAGGUGGCUGACGAGGACAAGAGAAUCAUUGCUGACGAUGAGAUCAUUAGUCUCUCGAUUGAGUUUUAUGAUCAGAACAGACUUGGAAGUGUUGAUGGGGAAGACAAAGAACCUACAAAAGAGACGAAUGUAAAGCGAUAUUUGCAAUGCCCGGCUGCUAUGACAGUGAUGCAUCUCAGAAAAUUUCUCCGAAGUAAAAUGGAUAUUCCAUGUACCUUCCAGAUUGAGGUCAUGUAUGAAGACGAGCCUCUGAAGGAUUAUUACACAUUAAUGGACAUUGCCUAUAUUUACACCUGGAGGCGGAACGGUCCGCUGCCUCUGAAGUACAGGGUUCGUCCCAGUUGUAAGAAGCUGAAGCUGAGCAGCGCACCGAGCUGUGAGACAGCGGGUCGAAAACCUGAAACGGAGAGCGAUUCGGGCAGCGAAAAGCUCAGCAGCCCGGUCCUUCGCACUCCUACACCUUCCACUUCCUCCUCUCUCCCAAGUCAGAGCGCUCCAGUGAAAUCCUCACAGUCAAGCUUCUCCCAUCUCGCACCGGUCAACGGAGUGUCCAACAAAGCCGGACCCAAUGGCCAAGUCUCGUUCAGCGGCAAAGCCAGCAAGGGCUCAGUCAAUGGCUCCAACUCUCUGGGGUGACAAAAGGACUAAAUGGACACGAAAUGCUGUCAAAAGAAGAGCUGCAAACUCGGACGCAAAGUUUGUAGGAACUGAAGUGAGCGAAAGCGAUUCUGUUGGAUUUCGUAAGAAAAGCUACAACUGCUAACUCUGUUCCUUAUGAGUUAACACAUGCAACUUUUUACGACGUUUUGCAGUCGGGAGCUGUUUCCGAAAGACAGUUUCUUCACCGAACCACCUUUUCCUUUUGUAUUAUGUAUGUUUAAGUAUAUAUGUUUAAGUAUGACUUCUUAUGUUACUGUUAAUUACUAAGCUUUCAUUGGUUGAAUAAAACAUCAUGAAGUAUAUUUUGUGCAUGAAGAACCCAGGACGAACUCCCAGGAAUCUUCGGUUGUGUAAACUCCAAAUCAUUCACGUAGGUUAGGGCACCAGUGUGUAGACGCUGAUUUUCUUUUCUUUUAACAGGAAGCCACGUUAAACAAGUCAUGCACAGCUGGUCAUUCAGACAGUUGAUGGUUAGAAAAGUUAUUAAGGGCUAUUAAGUUCUCAUGUUUUAGUUAAGCGUUACGCUCGGUAUACUUUCGAAAAAGAAACAUGUAUCUGAAAAAAUAGUGAAGGAUCAACUAGAAACUUUUGGAUGUUCUUGAAACGAAUCGAAAUCACAGUUCCUUAGGAACCAUUCAUGCUUCAGAACGUUCCUCAGAUGGUUCUGCUGGUGAGACAACGCAAAGAUUUUUAGGAACCAUGAUGAAGAACGACCACUGAAGAGUCGCUUCCUUGUGAACAUUAGACAUGACCAGAUUAGAUUUAUUUCUCAUGCCUUAGCAUAUUUGUCUUUUUAGUGUAUUUUAUUUGAUUGUUUUGCCUAAGAGGACAUUUCAGUUCAUGUCUUUUGUGCUCCAGAACUGUCUAGCUUUCUUGACGAUUAUUUUUGGUCGACACUUUCAAGCCUAUGUAUCGUUUUCUGUUAUAAAACCUGUAUCUGAAUAAACAUUUUACGGUUUUAUUACUCAGAUGUCGGAUUUUUAUUUAUUUUUUUUAUCUUGCCUGGUGAAUAAAAAUUAAACAAUAACAUCGACUUGGCAAGUGUACUAAGGCUACCAAGCUUUUAUAACCAAGGGUGCAACAUGUAGAGCUGUUAUUUUUGAGGGAGGAAACGACUUAGCAUUGAAGCUAAUUUUCGGGGGAGAUAUUGUCGGGAUGUCUGUAGCAUGAAUAAACAUGUACUUCUCGGUUUUUCCCACUUUAUUUUAAGAAUUGUGUGGCGUGUUAACUGUUUAGCCGGUGCUUUCCGUCGUUUUAGCAGCAGCGAGGCUUCCGUAGCAAACCAGCACGCCC